GCAUAUUCAUCUAGCAUUGCUUCGGCAAGCCCUUGCCUUUUUCAGCUUCUCGCUCGAGUGUGUUCCACUUGGCUGGUUUUACAAAGUGCAGGUGAGACGACACUAUGGUUCCGGGCACAAAAAAUCAGCUCAAAAAGAACGAACAGGAUCGCUUACAUAGCUUCAUUGUGGAAUUGCUAAGAGAAGAGGAAAAUAAACAUUGUGCCGAUUGUCUCGCCAAACAGCCAAGAUGGGCAUCGUGGAAUCUUGGCGUAUUCAUUUGCAUAAAAUGUGCUGGAAUACAUCGUAACAUGGGAGUCCACAUAUCCAAAGUCAAAUCGGUAAACUUGGACUCAUGGACAGCUGAGCAAGUGCAAUCUAUGCGACUUAUGGGAAAUGCUAAAGCCAAGCAAGUUUAUGAAAGCGAACUUCCAAAUCACUUCAGAAGGCCAACUACUGAUCAAGCCCUGGAAUCUUUUAUACGUGGAAAAUACGAGCAUAAAAGGUACAUCUUACCAAACUGGAUUCCUCCGAAAGUGAACGCAGAUGACUUACCUCUACACCCUACAAAACAUGCUGAUGCUCCCAAAAUUUCCACACACGAAAAUAAAGAAGCUAGACCAUCCAUACUUAGCCCACGCAAUUCGCAGCUACUCACUUUUGAUAGAACAGAUACCUAUGAUACCUCACCAAAACUACUUGAUCUAUCUUCUUCGGAUACAAAUUCGAUUUGUGAUACUGAAAAAGAAGACGUGGAUGAGUUUGGAGACUUCUUUGGAUCUACAGCAUCGACAAACUCUUCCAAAAAUAAUGCAUCAGCACAUACGCUUUCGGAUGAUCUGGCUGGAUUGACAUUAGGAGAGACUUCUACGACGGAUGAGGUGAAAUCCAAAUCCGAAAUACUGGCCUUAUACAAAAAUGGAGUCAGG